CUUAGCUGUCUCGCUUUGUCAAAAGAAGACUUCACACUGUGUUGCGAGUGUUCUUGUGAAACCAAAUUAGUAAUCUUUAAUUCUGAACUUUCUUUUCUCAGAUAACAACAUAACAUUGGAUUGGAUCUGAUUUUGCUACUCUCACUGUCACUGUACCGCCAUGGACGCUUUUAGGAAACAAGCUAGCAAGCUCAGAGAGCAAGUUGUCAAACAACAACAGGCUGUGAUUAAACAGUUCAGUGGUAGUGGUUACGAGAGCUCAGAUGUCGUGGUUAUUGAUGAAGUUGAAAUGCAGAGACAUCAACAUAUGGAGAAGCUGUACAGGGCCACUCGUGCCGGGAGGGACUUCCAAAAAGAAAUUGUUAAAGCAGCAGAAACAUUUACAGCUAUAUCUUAUAAGCAUAUUGAAACAGACAGGAACAAAACUUUCUGAGGAGUGCUGUAGAUAUGGAGCAGAGAACAACAGUGACAACAUAUUAGCUAAGGCCGCAUCAGUAUAUGGUGAUGCUCGCAAACAUGUAGAAAAGGAGCACGAAGAAUUGAAUCGGCUUUUAUCUUCCCAGGUUUUGGAUCCUUUGAGACAAAUGAUCAACGGCCCACCUUUGGAGGAUGCUCGCCAUCUUGCUCAACGGUAUAGUCGGAUGAGACAAGAAGCGGAGACACAUAAAGAGGAGAUUUCUAGAAGACAAGCACGGGUUAGGGAAUCUCCAACUGCUGAGCAGGUUGCCAAACUGCAUGCUGCAGAAGCAAAGAUGCAGGAGCUGAAAGCCAACAUGGCAGUUCUAGGUAAAGAAGCUUCGGCUGCAUUGGCUGCUGUUGAUGCACAACAGCAAAGACUGACUUUUCAAAGGCUUGUUGCUAUGGUGGAAUCAGAGAAGACAUUUCAUUUAAGAGUUGCCGCUAUUUUUGGUGAAAUUGAAACUGAGAUUGUCUCUGACAGACAGAAGAAAGAAUCGGCCCCUCCAGUCGUUAUGUCCCAGAAUGGCUCAGAGAAAACAAUGUACUUCUUGGCUGAGGCAAUGCAUCCUUACGAUGCUGAAACGGAAAAGGAACUUAGCUUUUCAAAGGGUGAUUUUAUUGUCGUGCGGAAGGUGAGCCAAACAGGGUGGUCAGAAGGAGAAUGCAAUGGUAAAGGAGGGUGGUUUCCUUCUGGCUACGUGGAAAAACGGCAAAGAAUCCCAUCUAGCAACAUGGCUGGAGAAGUUUACUAGGUUCUCUUCUUUGUGCUGUUCAUUCUUUGCUUUGUCUCCAUUUUUUGGUUUUGCAUUGCACUAUUCAAAGAAGAUGAACAAAAGGAAUGUAGAGGAUGGUGGAAUUGAUGGGAGAUGUUACCUCUUGUCUGUUAUCACAGAAUGAAAAGAAGAAAAAUGUGUCAAGCUGUGGGGUAACUUACAUACGGUGGCUGUUGUAUCAAGUUGUUCAAACAGUUUUUCAAUGUCACAUUCACAAUUAUUUUACGUUAUCCUUUGUAAUUGAUUGAUUUGAAAUACAUGUCUUUUUUUGUGCUUAUGGUAAUGCCUAUUGAUUGAAUGAAGGAUGAUAGGAUUUUGAUGUAACUGAGGGUUGUAGUCUACAAUUUGUACUAUCUAAUUAAUAUUAUGCAAACAAUUAUCAAUUUCUUUUAAACAUUA